CUAUUAUCUUGCCUGUACAGAUCUGCACAAGAAGCGAGUUUUCAUGUUUCCUGAGGCUCUGGUACUUUGGCCCUCUCGAGUAGCUGCCGUAUAUAAGUACUUAGGUAAGGUACGUGUUUUCGGUUUGAACCACAGGUACCUAAGCUACUUUCAAAGUAGGUGCUCUACUACAGCAACUCUCCUGUGCACGACAACGCUUCCUCCUUCACGAAAUCCCAAAUCCAACCCUCCAGCUCAAUCAUCCUACUAUGAUUCCGCAGGAUGAAGCGCAGAGAAUAGCUGCCACGGCAAUGUCGAGUAUUCUCUCCGAGCACCAGAUUGCCCAUGCGUUCAUCGGCGGCUUUGCCGUUGCCACCCUCGGCCACUCUAGAGCGACAAUCGACAUCGAUGUCGAGAUCGACGUGGCCAACAUUUCCGAGCUGCGAGGCCGCGUCAGGCAGCUCCUGACGGAGAGUGAUGCGCGCUUCUCUGUGCAGCAUGCCAAGCUUUUCUUCACGCCGGCGCCGACUGAUCACCCGGAUUCGCGUGUUACAAUCGAGACACUCCCCAUCGGAGAACUUGGUCUUCCCCGCCGACUGGCCGUCAUUUGGCCGAAUGACGGAACGAUCCCCGUCCUGCACCCCGGCCUCUUGAUCCUGACCAAGAUCAAGCGAUGUGCACAGUUAAUAGGGAGCACGCGGCCGAGGUCGGUCGCAAAGUUUCACUCCGACCUCUCCGAUAUCACGUUCUUGCUGGGGUGGCUGGCGGAGCACGAUGAGAAGGUGGACUUUGCCGGCUACGCAUCCCUUACGCCGGAAAGACUGUACACAACGACGAAGGACUUGGUCAGACACUGGAAGGACACUGGCAAUGGUGAGACAGUCCAUCUCAUUGUCUCGGUCUUGGAGGAUGACGACCGUAGGAAGAUCAUGGAUUAAACAGGGGUGGCAAGCUCUAGGUGGCUUAUGAACAAGAAGGUUGAUAGUGUAAUACUGCUUCUGGGCCGGCUCCUCAAGUCGCUUGCCUUCUGCAAUAGGUAAAUCCCUUCUGCUUCAUCGUCAUGAGCAUGUCCUCGCUCAACUUCUGCCCCCUCGGGCACCUAGCGGCCGAAGUCGUGCUUGAU